AUGGAUAUUCCCGCCAUGGUGGAGGCAUUUGCGGGAACAGCAGUCGGUACCGCUGAGAUCCCGAACCUGAGCCUGCCACCUGCGCAGUUGUUGCCCACAAAGUCCAUGGCACCUCAGGCACCCCAACAGCCACAAGAACUUCAAGAGGCCUCAUGUGUGUCGACGGGUUCCAUCAGCGCGGGAAGCAGCAUUCACCGGAGCAGCAGUGUGCGGACAGCCAGCAGCAGGAGUAGCAAGAGCAGCAACUGCAAACUCACCUCCAGUGCAAUUCUCCGCCUGCUCGCGGACUUUGCCGAGAACUUCAAGAAGUUUACUGUGCUCGAGGCAUUCGAAGACGAGGCGGAUAACGCUGAGAUUUGCGCGGUCCUGGAGGCACGGCCGGGAGGGCUUCUGCAGGAACUUAACGGCUCGGAGCGCGCCUACCUGGCGCUGAUCUGUGUCUUGGAGUCUGCGAAGAAAGAUGAUGGUUCACGGUCGACCAAGGCUCUUGGCGACACGCUCAAAAUCGCCAAGUUUGCGAAAGCUAUGAUCGACGUUAUGCGAGCCAAGGUUCCCGAGGCAGUCCACCACCAGCUUGCCGCUUACUGUUUUCGACUCAAUGCACUUUACACCCUCCAGCAACGAAGUGGUCGAUUUAACCAGCUGUACUAUGAGACCAGCGUCGCGUUCCCGCCAAGGUGGGAUACACUUACCGCCGAAGAUAUUACGACUGUUAUCGGACAGGUUAUGGCCCUCCGCAAGGAGCUGGUGAGCUACAACAACAGGCUGGCAAUCUGGAAGAAGGGCCACAAGGCGGCCAAGGAGUCGAUUAAGCCCGUCAUUCCUGCCCUCUCCACGCCUGCCAGCACGCCAAAGAACGGCUCUGCCUCUGUUUAA